AUGUCAUCCAUCUACCAAAAACAUACAAAGGCUGAUUUACUCAGUGUCCUCAAUAAACUUGAAAUUAAAACCGCUUCAAAAUCAACUAAAAAGAUCCUUAUUGAAAAACUCGACGGUUAUAUUACUGACCAUCCUGAAGAUGGCUUAUUAACUGUUCAAUCAUUACUCGAAGAAAUCGAUGAUGCCAAUGAAGAAGAUGAUGAUGAUGAAACAACUUUACAUGAAGAAAUCAUUGAAUCAUCAACUACUGGAGGAGCAGAAGAAGAUUUAGGUGAUAAAGAUUAUGAUGCUCCAGCACCACUUGAUUUAAAACAAUGGAUUAUUGAUCCAAUAAUUGAACAAUAUGAAGUAAUUAUUCAAAAAAUUUAUGAAUUUACUGAUAAUGUAGGAAUUACUUAUGUUGAUUAUACUGAUGAAUUAAGAGAACAAUUAUCUAAAUCGGUUAGUUUAAAUUAUUUGGAAAUUAUUAUUGAAUUUUCUUAUUUUAUUUAUACAUUCUUACCAUUUGUUGAAUUAAAAGAAAAUGCUUUAAAUCAUGACCUUUUAAAGGAUAAUAUACCAUUUUUUGCUUCAAGUACUAUUCCAACUCCUGAAAUUACAGCAUUAUUUGAAUGUAGUAUUAUUUCAACUUUCCUUUCUUGGGUUAUCUUUUCAAUUAUUUUACCAUUAAUUGCUUCUUAUUUUGUUAAUUUUUCAAGAAGAGUAUUAGUUUUUGAUGAUAGUGAAGGUAUUGUGGCAAGAAUUUAUGAUUAUGAUCCUUUUGUAUUUGCUUUAAGUAAAGUGGUUAUCUUUUAUCUUAUUGGUAGAAAUGCUUCAUCAGUAUUUAAUUUUGGAAUUAAUUGGGAUUUCUUUACUUAUCAUUUAAGUCCUUAUGAAAGAUUCUCUCAUUCUUUAGGUACUUUCCCGGUGGUUAUUGGUGCAACUAAUGUUCUUCUUGCCCUUUAUUCUCAAUUUGAAGAAUAUUAGAAACAAUUUGAAUGACGGUUAUUUAACCACUAUUCACUACUACCAUUGUUGCUUUUACUUUCCUUACCUUGUGUUAUUAAAAAUUAUCAUUCUUGCUAUAUAACUCUGACAAUCUAUUCUCUGUUUUCUUUUGUUUUCUUUUGUUUUCUCUUUGUUUACUAUUCUAUUACUUAGUCUCCCUUUGUUUUACU